CCUUCUGGAGCUCAUGAACUCCAACAGAUCAGUUGUGCGCGAGAGGGCCCUGGGCAGGAUCAGGAAGCUCAUUCGCCUGCUGACCAAUAAGCCCAAGCUGCAGGUCCAGAACAAAGAGCCAAGGCCCACGGACAGCCCCACCAGCUUUGAAGAGCUGCAGAUCCCCAUCCUGGGCCAACUCCUUGGUCACCUCUUCGUUUUCCCACAUUCUAUGGCAAGGAAAAAAGUUCUGGCUUCGGAAACCCUUUAUCCUCUCUAUGACCUCCUCAGCAAUCAAGAAAGCAGGUCAACGGCAAGGAAUGAAGGAGAACAGAUCCAGAACGACCUUGAGGACACCACUAUGGUGGAUUGGCUCUCCACCAGAGAACUUUGCAGGAGAUUUGCAGGACACCUGCAUGCUGUGGAGAAGACCGACGUCGUCUGCGUGGCCAUCAAUGCCUUGAAAGAGUCCAGCGUCUUAGACAAAGAGUCGGCGAGGAACGUGUUGGACGUGGCCAUGAGUGCCCCCAAGUGUUGGCUGGUGGAUGUGCCCAACAUCGUAAAAUGCAUCCAUGGAAAUGUUGAAGGCAUCAAAAUGGAAUCAGCCCGGCAGAGCAUGGGGGACCUUCUGCUCCUCCUGACCAAGAAACACCUUACCGAAGUGGUCUCAGUGCUAAUGAAGAUCGCUCCACCGAGUGACAGUUCUGCAGUGCCCAUGUGGGAGAUGAUGUUCUCCGACCCCCAAAUUAUAGAGAAGGUCUUGAUGGAGGUGUUCAGGUGGCACCAGGCAAAACACGAUAGGAUCCUUUGCAUGCUGCCUGAGGACACCGGCAUCCUUCAGCUGAUGGUCCUGGCCUGCAAGGACUUUAAAAAUGAGAACUUGGAGGAACUCUGCAAAUUCUGGAGAUUCCUGAGGCGCCCAAACCCAGCCUUGCACCCACUGGUUCUCCAAGGACUCAUGACGCUCUCUCAGAGAGCUGAGACGGCAAGAAGGAUGAAGAUCCUCCUGCCAGACAUGACUGAGGACCUGCAGGACAGCAACGGAGAUGUCAUUAGGAAGGCCCUGGUGAUCCUCCAAAACAUGAUGGAUCACCUAAAGAAGAAGGAGACCAGUUCCAUCGCCGUGCAGCUGCUGGAGAAGCUGCUGCCCCUCUUUCAUCACGAGCUCAGCCAGGUGAGAGAACAAGCCGUCAGGCUCUUCACCAGGCAGCUGAAGUGCGUGAUGAGGAACCACAAGAAGAUGAUGACGGAGAAAGUGCGAACUGCCCUCUUGCCGCUCUUCUCUCACCUAUGCGACCCAACGCCGAGCGUGGCCAAGGCCUCCCAGGAAGGUCUCCUGGCUGCAGCCAAGUUCCUGGGCUGGAAACUGCCUGAAGAGCUCGUCCAGGCAAAGCUGCAAUGGAACACUGCAGAGUGCUUGAUGAAGCAGGACAAGAAGAGGGCUGAGGACUACAUCAACCAGAGCCUGCGGUACCUGGAUGCUCCUCAGGAUGCUGUGCGAGAGGCAGCUGUGAUGUUCCUUGCGGUUGCUGCUCGGCCUUUGAAGGACACCAACCCAGAGAAGAUGGCAGAGAUCUACAGGGGUAAGGAGGGGCAAGGUUGGGUUGGCCGGGGCUGGUGGGACAGGGAAUGGGGUUCUACCAUGCCAGGUCCUGCUCCGGGGAAGCCUGUGAGGGGCAGUUGGGGCAUUCCUGCCCAACAGCUGUCUUCUGGAUGGGCUUGGUGGGAUCUGGAGGGGAUGCUCGGAGGUCUCUGUAGACACAGGGCUUCAUCUCAGCUCUGCUUUUCUCCAUCUCAGCCCUUCAGCCCCUCAAAACAGACCCCUCAACCUCAGUCUGUAACGUGACAAUUCAGGCCAUGCUCACGCUGGGCCCUCGAAGCAAGGACCGAAGGAAAGAAACCCUUCUACAAAGGGUCUUCUGCUGCCGGUGCUGAGCCAGGCUGAGGGGCAGCGUUCCUCAGGAACCUUAGAAUCAUGGAACGGUUGGG